AUGGCUCAGAGUACCGCCCCCUGCAGCCAGACUGUUCAGCUGUGGGCCAGAGGCGUGACGUGUGGAGGAGAGCACCGCGUGUUUGUUUCAGACGGGAUGUGGACAUGGUUUAACCUCAGCGGCACAGUAACAGAACCCACGACAUCCUCAGAACCUGAGGCAGUCUGCAACGUCAGCAUCAGCUUCGAUCGUUGCAAGAUCACAGCAGUAGCGUGCAGCUGUGGAAACAAGGGCAUCUUCUACUGUGCCCACGUGGUGGCGCUCUCACUGUACCGGGUACGAAACCCCGAGCAAGUGGAACUGCGGCUGCCCAUCUCAGAGAGUUUGCUCCAGAUGAACAGAGACCAGCUGCAGAAGCUCGUUCAGUAUCUGAUCGCGUUCCACCACAACGAGGUGCUACCGACGGCGCAGGUCCUCGCAGAUGAAAUACUGUCACAGAACUCUGAGAUCAACCAGGUUCACGGAGCUCCAGAUCCAACGGCAGGGGCCAGCGUGGACGACGAGAACUGUUGGCACCUGGAUGAGGAACAGGUUCAGGAACAGGUGAAGCUCUUUCUCUCCCAGGACGGGAACCACGGCUCAGGGAGGCAGCUCAGCUUACUGUUCAGCAAGGUGAGAGAGAUGCUGAAGAUGAAGGACUCCAACGGAGCUCGGAUGUUGACGCUGAUCACAGAGCAGUUCAUGGGCGACCCAAAGCUGGUGAUGUGGAAGCAGCAGGGAAACCCCAUGACCGACAAAUACAGGCAGCUGUGGGACGAACUCGGAGCGCUGUGGAUCUGCAUCGUGCUGAACCCUCAGUGUCACCAGGAGCAGAAGGCACUGUGGCUCCAGCAGCUCCACAGGUGGAGCAGCAUGGACGUCUGCCCCCUGGAGGAUGGUAACCGUGGCACCGAGCUGACCAACGGCACGAGCGCUCCUGGCAGCUCCGAGUCACUGACUCCGCCCCACAGGACCGUGUUCACGCGGGCGGUUGAAGCCUGCGACCUGCACUGGGACGAUCUCCACCUGCAGCGAAUUAUCACAGAGGACUACUACACCAACCAUGGUUACUAUGACAACCAUGACAGCUCCAUCUUUGAUGCCAGAGGACGGCCCCUGUGGCACGAGCACGUGCCCACUGCAUGUGCACGAGCCGACGCUCUGAGGUCCCACGGUUACUCCAGGGAAGCCCUCCGAUUGGCCGUCGCAAUCGCUAAUGCACUGAGGAGACAACAGCAGAAACAGCUGGAGUUCUUCUGCACACACAAGAAAGAGCUGCUCCAUAACGAUGUGACGUCCAUCACCAACCUGGAGGGUUGGGUGGGCCACUCUCUGGACCCUAUCGGAACACUUUUCAAGACUCUUCUGGAGAUAGGACGGGGCUUUGAGGACGGAGCAGCCACCCCACUCGACUUCUCAGGUUCAGGCAGGAGGACGGAAAAUUGUAUUUUCCCAGCACAGCACCUCCUGGAGGAGGGCGAAUCCUUUGUGUCACUGGCUGUGGAGACGGCGCUGAUUGGCUUAGGCCAGCAGAGGGCGAUACCACAGGGCCUGUACGCUCAGGAGAAAAUCUAUUCCAGCGAGGAGCAGCUCCUGGCUAAGCUUCAGGAAGUGGAGCUAGACGCAACUUUGGUGAACAUCAUCUGCAAGCAAGCGGUGUUCCUGCUGGAGGCUGGUCCUUACAGCGGUCUGGGAGAACUACCCCACAGAGAAAGCGUCCCCAUGCACACCUUUGCCAAGUAUCUCUUCACCACUCUGCUACCUCACAAUGCCGAACUAGCGUAUAAAAUUGCACUGCGAGCCAUGAGGUUUCCCAUCCUGGAGUUCCCCUCCCCGCACUCCGGUGACUCAUCGAGGCCACAGCGCUUCCGGCGCUGGUGCACCAUCAGCCACAUGGAAACCCAGCAGUGUGAACUAGCAUCCACCGUGCUCACUGCUGCCAAAGGCAGCUCUGCAAAGCUGAACAUGGUGCUGGACUCCAUCCAGAAGAACAUCCACUCCUCAUCAUACAUCUUCAAAUUGGCCCAGGAUGCUUUCAAAAUCGCCACUCUUGUGGAGAACCUGCCAGACAUGUCAAUGCUCAAAGUCUCGCUGGAGCUGGGCCUUCAGCUGAUGAGAAUGACUCGGUCGACUUUGAACUGGCGGAGGAGAGACAUGGUGCGAUGGUUGGUCACUUGCGCUACUGAAGUUGGUGUGUUUGCACUUGAUGAUAUCAUGCAGAACUGGUUCAAUCUCUUCACUCCUUCUGAGGCCACCAGCAUCGUGGCCACCACAGUCUUGUCCAAUAGCACCAUCAUCCGUUUGCAUCUGGACCGCCAUCAGCGAGAGAAACUGGCCAUUUCCGCCCGCACCAUGGCCCUGCAGUGCGCCAUGAAGGACCCACAAAACUGUGCACUUUCAGCGCUGAUGCUCUGCGAGAAGGACUGCGUGGCCUUUGAGACGGCCUUUCACAUUAUACUGGAGGCAGCUGCCACAGGAUUGCACUACACGCAACUGUUUGUGAUUGCGCGCUACAUGGAGGAUCUUGGGUUUCCCAUGAGGGCAUAUAAACUGGCCACCGCCGCGCUACCUCACAUUAACCUCAGCUACAACCAAGACACGCACCCGGCGAUCAACGAUGUGGUGUGGGUGUGCAUGCUCAGUCACUCGCUGGGCAAAGACGAGCUGGCGACUGUUAUCCCCCUGGUGGUAAAGAACGUGAAAUGCGCCACCGUCCUGUCGGAUGUUUUGCAGCGGUGCGCACUAACGCCGCAAGGGCAGGGUCCGGUGAUCAGUCGCAGGAACUCUGGGAAGCUGAUGCCUCUGCACAAAGGUCCGCUCAGGGAGCUGCUGGACGCAACAAUCGAGGCCUACAUCAACACGACGCACUCUCGGCUGACGCACAUCAGCCCGCGCCACUACGGUAAAUUGAUUGAGUUCCUCAGCAGAGCCAGAGACACGUUUCUGAUGACGCACGAGGGACACGUCCAGUUCAUGCAGUUCAUAGACAAUCUGAAACAGAUUUACAAGGGAAAGAAGAAACUCAUGAUGCUCAUCCGUGAGAGGUUUGGCUAAAGGAGGGUCAGAAGACCAAAAAUCAGCUGUUUACUUGAGUCUCCUCUUUAUCCUUUCUAACUUGAAGUAAAAAAGCCAACUGGAACUUUAAAAUAUUUAGGACUCACGCACAGGAUAUUCUGAAGGAAAAUCAUCCAUAUAGAAGGUGAUGUUCAGGUCCGGUCCUCUGGCAGUGAAUUUGUGCACGCUGCCCUUCUGCUUAGUGGAAAGUUGAGUACCCCACAUCAAUUGUACUGAACUGCAUCAGGUGAUAUGGGAAAAAAAAAAAAAAAACAUUUUAAAGGGUAAAUUUAGUUUAAAACUGGAGACAGAGAAAAUCAAAUGGUCUGUAAACUCUUAACACUUGGUAUUGUUUAGACAAACUUUCAUCUCACCUCUGUGAAAGUUUGUCUUUCCCUUUACACAUGUAAAUGUCCACGUUGCUCAACGUCCCCGCUGUGAUUAAUAUUCAGCGCCUCAAAAAGAAGGAGCUUUAAACCAAAUGGAGCACAUCCAUCCGAAGUAACAUGUACCUCUUUUUAAGGAUCUGGCUUUACAGCGCCCCCCAGUGUUCAUCACACAUACCAAACAUCCAGUGUGAUCGUUUUAUGCAACACAUUUUUCACGAGAUACAAAAACAAAGUGUGCUUGUGGAAUCAUGGCAGCUGUCAAUGUGCAUUCUCAGGGAUUUCUCUAGAAAAACUCACAAAAGAGAAAAAAAAAAGUUUUAUUGUCCUGUAUAUAUGAAAGUAUAUGUCUGAAUACUGAUAAAUGUAUAUGUCAACUAAUUUAUGACACAAUAUGCUAUGUAAGGCACAAUACUU